AUGCCGCCCAAAUUCGACCCCAACGAGAUAAAAAUCGGUAUGUUUCAGGGCUCAGAGGGUAUUAGAAGCCUGUUGGCGGCCCACACGGAGCCGCUGGGUCCCGGCUGCCUCCGCGAUCCCCGGCCUGCGGGCCGUGCCCAGAACACGGUAAAGUUUGGAGACAAACCCCAACAGAAAGCAACGGAUUUGGCCUUGUACAUGAGAUGCACGGGAGGAGAAGUGGGAGCCACAUCGGCUCUGGCUCCUAAGAUCGGACCUCUGGGUCUGGUGAGUACUGGUUCUGACCGGGUUUCCGGCCCAGUAGCCUCCCGCCACUGCGCCCGACUUGUGGCGUCUCCCAAAAAGGUCGGUGACGACAUCGCCAAGGCGACCGGCGACUGGAAGGGCCUGAGGAUCACAGUGAAGCUGACCAUCCAGAACAGGCAGGCGGCGAUCGAGGUGGUUCCCUCUGCGUCGGCUCUGAUCAUCAAAGCUCUGAAGGAGCCUCCACGAGACCGGAAGAAGGUCAAGAACAGUCCAGUCUGGCUAGAAUGGGUUCUGAUAACUCUGUCCUGUGACUGGUCUGGUCCGUUCCAGCUUGAACUGGUCUGGCUCUGGGUUGACCCGGUUCUAACUCUUAUCCUGGCUGUCCGGUCUGACUUGGCCGUACCUUUUCCUGACCUGGUUCUGACCCGGUUCUGUCUGUCCCCACCAGUCAAGCACAGCGGCAGCGUGACCUUUGAUGAGAUUGUGGGCGUGGCCCGCGUCAUGAGGCACCGCUCCCUGGCCAGAGAGAUGUCAGGUGAGCCCCCCCGACCCGGUUCGGACCCGGCCCCCCGCCACUGCGCCCGCCUCGUGGCGGUUUGCGGUCCAGUGGGGGCCCAGAACAAACCCGGCUUUAGGAAACAGGGCCGUCCGACGCCCGUGGGCCGCCCUGUGCCGAAAAGCCCGGUACAGAACCCGAACCGGCUCCGGAACCAGAACUCACGGAACCACUUGUACCCAACAGGGACCAUCAAGGAGAUCCUGGGAACCGCCCAGUCGGUGGGCUGCACCGUGGACGGGCGCAACCCCCAUGAUGUCAUCGAUGACAUCAACAGCGGCAAAGUGGAGUGUCCAACCGAAUAA